CCCAAAUCGAGAAAAAUCAUAAUACUUCCAUACUACUACUUCCUAAAUUACUACCUAAUUCAACUCCUCUCUCCCCCAAAAAAAAGUUGCGAGAGAGAUCCUGGCCAUCCCAAGAGGGUCUGGACUCAUCUGGGAGGCUUCCAAUCCCUCCCUCCAUCUUUCCAUCCCCGCCCAGUUUCAACCUCUCGAUGGGCCAUGAACUCCCUAAACUAACCUGCAACUACUGCUUCUCCUUCUGACGGAUCUUUUGUUCGCUCAUGCUCGUUCCAUCCACCAUUCGUACCUUACCCAUUUUCUCCCCUUCCCUUUUCUGCCUUCCCUCCCCUCCCCUCCUCUUGCUUUCUGCUUUCCUCCUAAUCCAUUCUCACCUUAGUUUCAUCCUUGACCCUCUCCGGACCUUUCGACCAACCCGGGUGUGGGGAUGGUGGAUGCUCCAUUUAAUUGAUAACCUCUUCCCACCUCAUCUGCCUCCUCGUUCUUUAUCGUUAUCGUCAUCUUCCUUGUCAACAUCCAUCUGGCACUUCCCAUUGUUCUCUUACUCCACCGCGCCUUCAUAUAUCUCCUCCCCCCAUCUGUCUCUCUCUCUCUCUCUUACCUACUCUCUCCUCCUCCCUCUUCAUCAUCUCAUCUCAUCUCAUUCAACAACUUUCCCUUCCCAUACUAUUUUACCUCUCACCACCCUUCUAUCUUAUCUGUACCGGCCUUGCUCCCUUCUGCCGUGUACUCCUCUUUCUACACUUCACUGCCUGCCCCGCUGAUCUCAGUGUCUAUCGGGCUAUUCUCUAACUACUCCCUACUACUCUCUAUCUCUAUAUUCCAAGAUCCUCUCCAAUCCCCUGAAGU